AUGGGUGUCCCUUCAUUCUUUAGAUGGUUAUCCCGGAAGUAUCCGAAGAUUAUAUCGCCUGUUAUUGAGGACCCUGCUCAAGUAGUCGAUGGUGUUAUAUUGCCAUUAGAUUAUUCAGCACCAAAUCCAAAUGGUGAAUUAGACAACCUGUAUCUGGAUAUGAACGGUAUUGUUCAUCCGUGUUCUCAUCCUGAGAAUAGACCACCCCCAGAGACUGAAGAUGAAAUGCUUUUAGCAGUCUUUGAAUACACUAACCGUGUCUUGAACAUGGCAAGACCUCGUAAAGUAUUAGUGAUGGCCGUUGAUGGUGUUGCUCCCAGAGCUAAGAUGAAUCAACAGAGAGCUCGGAGAUUUAGAAGUGCUAGAGACGCAGAAAUCCAAAAUAUGGAACGUGAAAGAGAAAUAUUAGAAAGAGAAAGUUAUGGUGAAAUAAUCGAUGAUUCUGUUAGAAACAAAAAGACCUGGGAUUCCAACGCAAUUACCCCCGGUACACCAUUCAUGGAUAAAUUAGCAGCUGCAUUACGUUAUUGGACUGCUUUCAAACUAGCUACGGACCCUGGCUGGAAGGAUCUUCAAGUAGUGAUCAGUGACGCUACCGUUCCUGGGGAAGGUGAACAUAAGAUUAUGAAUUUUAUUAGAUCACAACGUGCAGAUCCAGAGUACAACCCAAAUACCACACAUUGUAUUUAUGGUUUGGAUGCAGAUUUGAUUUUCCUAGGUCUUGCAACACAUGAACCUCAUUUCAAGAUCCUAAGAGAAGAUGUUUUUGCUCAGAGUGCCAAGCCAAGGUCCAGAAAUGGCGGUAAUAGUACGUUUGCACCACAAACAGCUGAAGAAAAAGAACUAUUAUCGAAGGAAGACUCUCAGAAGCCUUUCCUAUGGUUGCAUGUUAGUGUACUGAGGGAGUAUUUAGCGGCUGAAUUGUGGGUACCAAGGUUACCAUUUGCAUUCGAUAUCGAGAGAGCUAUUGAUGAUUGGGUAUUCAUGUGUUUUUUCUGUGGUAACGACUUUUUGCCACAUUUACCUAGUCUGGAUGUUAGAGAAAACAGUAUUGAUAUCUUAUUGGAUAUUUGGAAGGUUGUCCUACCUCAAUUAAAGACAUAUAUGACAUGUGACGGUAACUUAAAUUUAGAAUCUGUCGAAAAGCUGCUGGGGCAACUGGGAGCUCGUGAACCAGAUAUCUUUAAGACCAGGCAUAUUCAGGAAGUUAGAAAACAGGAAGCAAUGCAGAAACGGAAACAAUAUAAAAACGGUAAUAUUUCUAAAGGCCAAGAUAGACAUCCUACUAAUUUUACAGAACAACUACAAUUGUAUGACACUUCUGGUAAUCUAGCAAAUGGUUCUUGGAACUUGACGACACAUGAUAUGGUUAAUCUAAAGAAAGAAUUGAUGCUUGCAAACGAAGGUAAUGCUGAAGCAAUUGUCAUUGUGAAGGCUCAGAGUGACAAGAACGAUGAAUUAGUGAAGAAUAUCACUGAAGAGGAAAUGAAUAAAGUUGUAUCUCAAGCUAAUAUUAGCAACCACUCUACAGCUGAACUUUUAAGAAAGAAGUUAAUUGCUAAAAAACAUAGUCUUGAAGACGAUGUUGAUGAGGAUGAGGAUGAAACAAUUAAGAAUGAGGAAGAAGGUGUUGUAACAAAGAAAUUGAAGACCGAACAAGAUAAUCUAAACAAUGAAAUAAAAUCAGAAGUCGAAGCUGAGAUGGAUGACGAAAAUGAUGAAGAUGAUGAUGACAACGACGAUACUAGUGCAGACGAUAAAGAUACCGCAACAGAGAUUAUUUCUAAUGGGAGUGUCAAGAGUGGUGUUAUCGAUACUGAUGAGACUGUAAAACUUUACGAACCAGGGUAUAUUGAAAGGUAUUACACAGAGAAAUUCCAUAUCGAUCCAAAGGAUAUUAAUACUGUAAGAAAAGGUUUAGUAAAAGCCUACAUUGAAGGUGUAUCUUGGGUCCUGCGUUAUUAUUAUCAAGGUUGUGCUUCUUGGACAUGGUAUUAUCCAUUCCACUAUGCUCCAUUCGGUUCUGAUUUUACUGAUAUUGCUAACAUAGAUAUUCAAUUUGAAUUGGGUGAACCCUUCCUACCGUUUGAACAACUUAUGAGUGUGUUGCCGGCUGCUUCGGGUCAUACUUUACCUGCCAUUUUCCGUCCAUUGAUGAAUGAACCAGACUCCCCAAUUAUCGAUUUUUAUCCUAAGGAAUUCCCAAUCGAUAUGAACGGUAAAAAAAUGUCCUGGCAAGGUAUUGCUUUACUACCAUUUAUAGACGAAAAAAGAUUAUUAGAAAACGUCCGUGCUCAAUACCCCAAACUAACAGACUAUGAAAGCUCUAGAAACGUUAGAAAUGAGGACAUUCUACUUAUUAGUAACAAGAAUGUCAAUUACGAUACAUUUGUAAAGAAACUCUACAAUGGUGAGACGCCAGCUGCCAAGCCUUUUAAUUUCGGUCACUUUAAGAGUGGCUUGAGUGGUAUUGUUUUCGUAGAUCAAGAGGGUUUUAAACUAAAUAGCAAGCUAAUGUGCCCUAUCUCUGAAGGAUCCUUCCCAGAACUUUCCACUAAUCUUUUUUUGAAAUUGUCGUUUGAAUUUAAUCCAUUGAUUGUUCCAAAUAAAUCGAUUAUCCUCAAUGGCUAUAUUCCACCAGUACAAGCCCUGGAUUCCUACGAUCUAGAUUCUAUUAUGUAUAAAUAUGGGAAUAAUAACUAUGGUCGUAAUAACAGAUCUCGCUUUAACGAUAGUAUGAAGGACAACAUAAUCAAAACUGGACCAAGUGGAACUACCCAAUACAAACCAAGAGCUGGUGGAUACAGAGCUUUCUUUUACUUUAGUCAACAACAGAAUAACCAAAAUAUGAACCAGUACCAUAAUCAAAACGGAAACUAUAAUCACCAAAAUCAAGGUAAUGGUAGAUUUGAUAACGAAAAUAAUAAUUACAAUAAUAGUAAUAACAACCGUGGAUAUGAUAACGGUAACAGGUACAAUAAUAAUUACAAUCGUAAUAACGGCAAUAACUACAGUCGUGGCAAUAACUAUAAUAACAAUAACAGAGGAGGUUACAGUAAUGGAACUGGCUAUGAUCGUCAAAGAGGAAGAUAUAAUGGUGGUAAUCAAAACAGAUACAACCAAAAUGAUAGAAAUGGUAGCGGUGGUCGCAGAUAUUAA